AAAUAUCGCAGCUUUACGUUUUUAUCAUGUUAUAUAUCUCCUGUAAACUAGUUAUACCAAGUGUGCCAAACGUUUUGUCUUUAUAAAAUUCAUAUUCAUAUCUUGGCAUUCACGUUCAUCACCCGUGAAGACAUAACAAUACAUAUUUUUAAAUUGCAUUUGCACCAACAACUACGCAUGCGUUCGUCAUUUAAAAAUAUUGAUUCUUAUCGAUAUUGUUUAAAGCAACAAUUGUUUUGAAUUUAACGAUCCAAUUGAGAAAGGAGGAAGAUAGAACAAAACAAAAUGUCGGAUCGUUUGUUCACCUUACCAUAAUUAAUAUAAUUUGUUGGAAAUUUGUUAAAAAAUGAAUCCAUAAAAAUGAGGAUUACAACACUUGUAUUCUUUUUGUUUUUUAAUGUAUUUACAGUUGUUAUUACACAAGAUGAUCCUUGCUUAGAAGGAAACUACAAAGAACUAAAUCAGUGGGAAAGAUCCGUUGCGAAUGACCUCCGUAAUGAAAUUUGUGAUAAUUUUUUACCUUCGGGAUGGUACCGUCCAAUAAGCUUGGCAGGCAAUACGAUGCCAACAGAGUGUAUACAAGGCGGUUUUAGAUGUGGCACCACCUCCCCGUUAUGGAUGAAUGGAUCGUAUCCCUCUGUCGGCGAGCUUUCUAAUGUGACUGCCUGUGCAAGUAAUUACAACGGAGGAUGUUGUAUCAGCUCAUAUGAUAUUCAGGUUAAGAACUGUGGAGACUACUAUGUUUAUAAUCUUAGGCACACAAAAGGAUGCUAUGAGGCUUACUGCUUUGGAACAGAAACAAAAUGUCCAAAAGGGGAGACUUCAGAUAAUGAUGGAUUUACCCCAGAGUGUGAAUUUGAUCCUUGUCAAAGUGUAAACUACAAAGUAUUGCGAAAGGAGGUGAAGAGGUCAGCAAAUUAUAGUCUUAAUGAGGGUGAUGCUGCUAUAGAAGACAGUCGACUGAGAACCGGAUGGUACAGAGUUGACAGCGUCACCGGAAAUGACAUAGUCAAUCAAAGUGUUUCUAUGAUGCAAUGUGGUACAUUAUACCCGCUAUGGAUGCAAGGGAAUAUCCCAGACGUUGGUGACAAAACUGUUGAUAGGAAGGUUUGCAAGUCUGGACUGAGUAGCAUGUGUGAAGCUAAGUAUGAUAUUAAAGUACGAAACUGUGGCAACUACCGGACAUACUUUUUACAACAGUUAAAUGUGGAUAAGUCUGGUUAUUGCUUUGGAGACCAGCUUCCAUGCCCUAACGGGGAAUCAUCAGAAACUGGGUUUACCCCAGGCUGCGGACCUUAUCCUGAACUUGAAGUCUCUCCUUAUGUCACAACACAACUUGAAGAAACGCAGGGAUACUUGAAUGGAAAGGACUAUACGUUUAGCAGGGUGACAUUCCAGUGUCAUGCAGAUGACCUACUUGACGAUUAUGCAUAUGAAAUAAGGUGGUAUAUUAGCGAAUUCGAAAUUGUCGCAGCCAAAUCUAAUAACUUGUCUAAAAGUGAAGUUGAAAAUGGAUACGGGAAAAUGUUGGAAGAACAAUGGACAUUGUUAUUCAGCCCAAACUUUAUUGUGAAGUGUUCAAUUAAAGUCCGAGGAACUGGUUAUAAAGCUCCUGGUCCAGAACAGCACUCUCAACCUUUCUUUGCUGGCAUUAAGAUUAACCAAACUGAAUAUAUUAUAAACGAAAAUGAAGAGCUAUCGAUUCCAGUAGAAUUAACAAUGCCGCUCUCUUGUUCCUGGCCAAGUAAAUCUGACCAAAAUAAAAUUGACUAUAUUAAAGAAAGUCUGUGUAUACUUAAUUUACUAAAUGGAGUGCCUACAUAUCAAACUGAUGGCUCAUAUUGUAAAAACGGAAUAUCAGCUGAGGGUUUGGUAUUCCGGUCAGAGAAGUGUGGCAUUGUAUUCACCUAUCCCAAUUGGAAAGAAACCCAGUAUGUCAAUGUAACGGGAGCUUCUGAUGGUCAGAUCAACAUCGAGGACAAUAUUAUUUUCUUGCGUUUAUUCAAUGACCCAAUUCGUGUAGAACCGAAAAAUUCUCUGAAAGUAUGGACUGGCAUACACCUCAUAGAUAUAAAGGUAAUAACUCGUGACACAGAUGAAGCCACAUUAGGAAAAGAAUGUUAUGCGCUAAAUGAUCCUCAUAUGAGGACAUUUGGUCAAAGAAGAUAUGAGCUCCAGAAUUUGAAUGGGUUAACUGCAGGGGAAUACAUAAUGUAUAAGCAUGCAAGGCUUCCAUUACAGGUAAACGCAUUCUUUAAACGAUGCAACAGUAGAAGCACUGCAUUGUGUAAUUGUGGAGUAGCAGCCAGAAGUGGUGACAGCUUAUUUGUAACCAACUUUUGCAAAACAGAAUUAAAGAAUGGUGAAAGAAGAACUAACAAUUAUAUAAUACAGAGGUUAUGUGACGACCAGAACCUAAUUAUAGAAGAAACUGGCGAUAAAUUUAAGAUAAUUCUUCCAUCUGGUACAAAAAUAAUCUUUUCCCAUACAACGUCGAAUGAUGGUAAACAUACUAUUCAACAAAUAUCCAUAUUUCCAUCGUCUUUAGAUCUUGAAAUGACCUCUGGUUUGUGUGAUGUUUAUACUGGCAAGACUGAUGAUAGUUUAAUUCCAAGGGAUGCAUUUUUGCCUACUGAUGAAGUCACAUUUGCAAAAUCCUGGAAGGUCGAAAAAGAAAUUCAGGACUUGUUAUUUGACUCAGAAGGAAAAUUAAAGCAAACUGAAUAUUCUGUACCAGAGUAUUGUACAUGUAAACUACCUGAUCAUCAAUACCCGCAUACAAGUUCUGACUUCAGCUGUAAUUUAUCCGCUGCAAUGAAGACAUGUAGAAGUCUGAAAACAACUACAAGUGUAUACACAGCAUCCUGUAAAAACAGAGUAUUCUUUUCUGAGAGAUCAGUUAAACGGGCCAUCGUAGAAACAACAAAAGAAUCCGAGGAAGAUGAUGACAAACCAACAGUUUAUCCAAUGACGUCCGAAUCAAGUGUAGAUGAAAGUGUAAGUUUGAAAAUCACAAUCAGGUAUGCUUCAUUUGAACUCUUGUUCACAAAAUAUAAAUGGCAAGUCAGAAAAUACAAAGAAAGGUCUACAUGGACAGGAAAAUAUUUUGUUCAGUUUUUAUGCCACAAUUUUGGUCGGAUUUUUAUGAACGUACACGGAAAGAUAAAACAUACCGAACAUAUUAUUCUGUGUUUAAUUUUGAACUUGAAGCUUGUAGCUGAGUGGUCGAAUGGUUGGACUCACGAUACUGCACGAGAAUCAUGUACUGCCAGUAUUUAUAACGCACCUGCAUUUGGUCCUUGUUCCCAAUAUGUCCCAUUUAUGAACCCAGAAGCGUACAUAGAAAACUGCAUAUUAGAUAUCAAGUAUGAAGGAAACUCAACUUGGAUCAAGUCGACAUUGGAAGGUUUUGCCGAUGUUUGUUUAGAAAAAGCACAGAAAUUAGAAAAUUUGACAAAAACAAAUGAUACAACAUCUUCUGGGGAAGGGAAAUCUAUUUUAGCUCUAAUAUCGGAAUCAACAUGUGCAGACAACUGUUCCGGGCAUGGACAAUGUGUGGACGGUGUAUGUAAUUGUUCCGCUGGGUAUUUUGGAUCGUCUUGUUCGUUUGAUGCUUCACAACCACCUCUUAUAAUAAGAAACGCAUUUCAAGGAGUAUGUGAUACCACUAAAAAACCAUGCAAGAAAUUUAUAAUUCCUGGCAGUAAUUUCAUUGAUGACAGUAACCUGACAUGUCAAUUUUCGGUUUUUAGAAUAAUGACGAAUAGUUCAUCAAGCACAGUUGUGUUGGAAGACAUAUUUGUAUAUCCUGGAAAAUUUCGAAGUUCUUUUUUCAUGAAUUGUGAAUUGCCAGAAACUCGACGUAGACGGUCUGCAGAUGAUAGCAAAGUUGUAGAAGGAUAUGAUAUUUCAAUAUCAAACAAUGGACAAGUCUUCACCGAACCUCUUACGGUUAUAAUUUUUGAUUCCUUAUGUUUCAAAUGCAAUUUAACCGAGUUGCUGUGUAAUGAAUUGGAUACAUGUCCACGAAAACAAGAAGAGCCUACAUCGUCAAAAGAUUCAAAAUCAAAGUAUCUAGCAAUUUAUAUUGGUGUACCUAUUUCAGUUGUUUUCUUAAUAGUGGUAUUUGUGUGUCUGAGGAAGAAACUACGACCAAGGCAACAACAACCGUAUGUGUAUGAUUAUUUUUAUCCGCUACAAACCAAAGGGGAAGGCCAACGAAAUGCACAUUUUCAAACAGAGCAUGAUUACAUGUAGAAAAGAUGGAACAGAUAAACAACAAUGAUCACAUUUGUGAGCCUCACAGAUAUCCAGUUACACUGAGAUAGUUUGUUAUACUUGAUACCUGCGUGUUCAUCCUUUUAGGGUCCAGUAAAAUGAUGCAAUAUGCGCUCACAUUUUACGAAUAUCAAGGAAGUUAUAACCAACAAGUUAUUAUGCAUUAUCGUGUUAAAAAAAAUUAAAAAACGGAAGCAGUAUAUUAUUAUUUUUAAAGAAAUAGCUAAAAAUAAGAAAAAUAAAUAUCAAAAUGUAUGGUCGUAUAAAAAUUGUCAGUUCAUUAGCACUAUAUGAAAGACGAAUCAUGCUUAUUUUUUUGUUUUCACGUGUCGUGAUUAUUAUAAUCAAUAUGAUACAUGAAGGUAAACAUUUCAACUACUGUGCCAGUGUCAUCAUCGCUAAUUGCGGACUUCAAGGACAAAAUCGAUCAAAAAGUCUUUAUAUGAAUUAUUAGCAAUAAAAGCGCUGUUCCUUUA